CCCGGCUCCUCGCCCCGCGACCCCUCCCGGCCGCCUUCAAGGAUCUGCAGGGCUUCUUGCCUGCACUCCCACAUCGCCCUCCGGCGGCAGCCCCCCGCGCGGGUGCCAUGCGCGCCUCCCGCAGUAAUCCUGCAAAGGCCGCUGCAACCCCAGCAGCUGCAAAGGCCGCUGGGGCCCCAGCAGCUGCAAAGGCGCCCGGCAAGCGCGCGGCGCAGCCCUCAGCGCCCGGCGGUGGCAGUGCUGUUGGCAGCGGCAGCAACACAGAUGCAAACCCGACGCAGAUGCUGGCCCGUGCGCGUGCGUGUUUCGGGCUCGACUGGCCCGCGCCGCGGCACGCCAUGCAGGCAGGCGUCACCUUCUUGGAAGAAGCCCUGUGGGGGCGCCCGCCGCCGCCCACCUCGCCAUCCGCAUUGCUCGAUAGUAGCAGCAACGCCGGAGGUGCCCGCAUUAGCGUCAACGGCGCCGAUGCAAGUGGCAAAACAGGCGGGUCUUCGGCGGAGGGCGCAAGCAACGGCAGUAGCAGCAGCGGUGGCGGCACCGACAGCGGCAGUAGCAGUGCACUCCUGCUGCAGCAGCAUAGGCGGCGGCGUGUGGUGCUGGUGCCUGACAAGGACGUGGACGGCCUGAGUGCAGGGGCGCUGCUGCUGAGAACCCUGAAUGCCCUGAUCCGCGAGGCACGGCAGCAGUGCCGUCCGGGCGCUGACGACGUGGAGGUGGCGGUGGUGCACAUCGGCAAGGGUGAGAACGUGUUUCAGCCCCACGUGGCGGCGCGGCUGGUGACGGCGGCGCCCACGGCCCUGGUGCUCCUGGACAUGGGCAGUCGCGGAGGCGGCGGGCCCCUGCUGCCGCAGCUGCCGCUGGCGGCAGCGGCAGCGCCGGCACCGGAGCAGCGGCGAAAGGAUGGAGAGGGGAUGGAGGAGAGGCAGCUGCCGAUCGAUGAUAGCGUGGGCGGUGGGGCGGUUGCGAAGGCAGUGGCGCCUGCUGCUGCUAGUGCGGCAGCUGAGUGCGCCGGCGGAAAAGGUGGCGGAGAAGGUGGCGGUGGCGACGACGGCGGCGGCGGCGGCGGCUUCGCUGUGCCGACGCUGGUCAUCGACCACCACAAGCCGGAGGGAUUCCCCGAGGGCGCCGUGGCGGUGAGCGCCUUUGGCUGCGCGCCAGUGGCCACCUCGGCGCUGCUGACGUGGUGCCUGUGUGCGGAGCUGCAUCCGGCCUCCGCCGCCGCCAGCAGUUGGCUGGCGGUGCUGGGCACCCUAGGAGACCUAGGGGAGGAGGGCCUGGGCGUGUUCACUGGGGCAGUCGGCGGCGGCGACGAUGGCGGUGCGGCUGCUGCGGCGAUCGCUAGUGGUGCUGGUGCUGGACAAGGUGGCGGGCAGAGCAGCGCGAGCGCAGGCAGAGGUGGUGGUGCGAGCGACGGUGGCAGCAGCAGCGGCGGCGGCAGCGCCAGUGACGGGGUGGAGCAGCAGGCUGGAGGAGCAGCGGCGUCCGGCACCACAGCUGCCGCCGGUGCGGCGCUGCCUGAGCUGGACUGGGUGUUUCGGGCCGGCCGCAAGACGCAUUUCAAGGAUGCAGUCGCGUUGCUGAAUGCAGCGCGCCGCUCGCCGGAGUGCGACGUGGCGGGGGCGUGGGCCGCCCUGUGUGCUGCCCAGCAGCCGGCAGACAUCAGCAAGGGCGGUGGGCCAGGGGCGGCGGCGCUGCGGGCGGCGCGGGCGAACCUCAAGGCCGAGGUGGACCGGCUGGCGGCCACGCCGCCGCGCUUCAGCUCUGACGGCGGUGUGGCGCUGCUGGCCGUGAGCAGCGGCUGGCAGGUCCACCCGCUCCUGCCACAGAGGUGGGCGUACAGGCUGGGUUCCCAAGACCGGCGGGGCCGCCUGCGUGCAGUGAUGUGCGCCAACCGCGGAUACAUGCCAGGCCGGGUUCACUUCUCCAUGCGCCGGGCGACGGGGCCGGGCGGCGCUGGUGUGGAUCUGAUCUGCCUGCUGCAAGACUUGGUGGCUCAGCGGUGUGCGCUGGCGGGGGUGGCGGACACGCCGCUGUCGGGGCUGGGCGGCCGGCUGGGGGCCGACUUCGCUCGGGGCCACCCGGAGGCCACCGGCGGCAUGCUGGCGGCGGAGGACUUCGCGCAGCUCAUGCUGCUGAUGGGCUUCAGCGCGGACCUGGCGUACGGCGCGGCCGGCAUGACGGUCGGCCCCGAGCACAAGCAGCUGGCGGAGGCGGCAGCGGCUGCGCUGCAGUCGCUGCAGCCGGCGCAGGGGGAGGCGCGCACGCAAAGCAGUGGAGGCGCCGUUGGCACUCCGGGCGCGCGCAGCGGCGCCAAGAAGCGGGGCGGCGGCGGUGGCAGUGCGUCGACGGUCGCUGGGGCCACUGAUUCCAAGCAGCGCAAGCUGACCGAUUUCAUGCCCGCAAGGCCCAAGAAGGCCGCAACACCCGAGCAGCCGUGAAACAGUGUCGUUUGACGAGGCAACGCUGAGUUGGUCGUUGGUUCGGGCCAGGUGUACUGUUGCGGGCGAAAUGGAAUACGAGAUGGAUAGGGCUCAAGAGGGCUGCAGCUGUGUAACCUCACAUGAUACGGUAGAAGGGUUGUGAUGACUGGAAAUAAGGC